UCUAACCUCAAAAAAUAGCAAACGUGAUUACGUUUUAUCGCAUUCAUCCUACUUAAAUUUCAUUCAUAUCGCACCUGAUACGAUAAAUCCGUAUCGUUAACGCUAACACAAUAGCAUUACUUAUUAUUCCGAAAAUACAAUACGAUAGUAUUUUAAAUGAAAUUUAAAUAAAACCUUCAAUGCUUCAAUCCGCAUUUGACAGCAGUUCGCAAUUGACAACCAGCAAAAUCAUCAACACACGAAUAAUCAGUCGAAGUCAAAGUGGUCAAAGUACGUAUUCAAAGUUAGUUUUUCUCAUUUAAUUUGAUCUUAUGUCAUCAUUAAUUGCGAAAGAUGCUGCUACUUUUUAUAAUACUUUGAAUGGGAUUACGCGACGAUUAUUUCGUUGCGUAAUAACGGAAUAAAUCAAGAAAUUUUGAGAUCACAACAUGAAAGUAUAGAAAGCCAACGUUUAUCAUUUUGUAAGUGUGGACACCCCGGAUAUAUCAUAAUUACAAGAUGAGUAUUUCACAAACCGUAAGAAUGGCUUAUAGCAUCGAUUGGAUAUUCCCCGCUUUAAGGCAUCCAACAAGAUUUUGGAAUAUCGCUAGUACAAUUACAAUGGCUGCUGUAGGAAUUUUUAGUAAAAUAUUAAUUAAAUUUCUUAAUAGGACAAAAGUUUAUAAUCGUCAUAUUAUGUUACGAGCAUUAGAUGAAAGACCUAGAAAUGUACCAUUAAUAACCGUAUCAAAUCAUCAUUCUUGUUUUGAUGAUCCUGGAUUAUGGGGAACAUUAAAAUUAAAACAUCUACUCACACGGGAUACAAUGAGAUGGUCACUUGCUGCGCAUGAUAUUUGUUUUACAUGCGCCCCUCAUUCCUAUUUUUUCGCUUAUGGAAAAUGUGUUCCGGUCGUCCGAGGAGCUGGAGUCUUCCAAAACGCCGUAGAUUUUUGUAUAGAACAAUUAAGGAAAGGUUCCUGGGUGCACGUUUUUCCCGAAGGCAAAGUGAACAUGACAAAAGAAACUAUGCGUUUGAAAUGGGGUGUUGGAAGGAUGAUUUUUGAAUCUCCAGUUACGCCGAUUGUUAUUCCCAUAUGGCAUAUUGGAAUGGACGAUGUUUUACCAAAUGAUCCACCGUAUUAUUUAAGAUUAUUUAAGAAUUUGACAUUUAAUUAUGGCAAACCUAUAGAUUUUUCGGAUAUGGUUAAAAAAUUGAGAGCUAGAAAUGCGACCGAUGUUGAAGCGCGAAAAGAAAUAACCGAUCGUAUACAAGAUGAAUUGUUAAAAUUAAAAAAGGAAACUGAAGAAUUACACCGGAUAUAUUAUAAAGGGAAAUCAUGAUGAUAAUGAGUGUAGGAUUAGGUAGAAUUUUUUUUCUUAAAUCAGGCUAAAAACUGUUUUUACAAUCUAAUUUAGGUGGAUUUUUAAUUUUAUUGUCGUAUUAAAAAAGAGAUAAAACUUAUACACUUAUAUAAUAUGAAAAAUAUAUUUGUAAAUACUUUUCAAUGUAAUUUUUUACCAACUAUUUAUGGGUGUAAUUAGAAAUCUCAAUCACUCAUUAACCUUUUAAAACAAAAUCUUAUUUAAUUUUUAUCUUAGAGCAUUCUUUACAUCGUUUGUAACUUCACCUGAACAAAUUACAUCGUAAUGGUAUGUUGGUUGUUUUCUGAGAUAAAUCAAUCCUGUUUAGGUUCGUUUUAUGUUAAUUUUAUUAAUUAAAUCAUUUUAUUCAUUAACCGGAAUAAUUUACAUUCCAAAAUGAUCCAUCAUAUCAAAUUCUACAAACAAUAAGUAGAGGAUUAUUAGAAAACAUUUUUAUCAUUAGAAAAGGACCAAAACCAACAAAAGAACAAAACUAAUUUUUACAAUGAUUUAUACAAAUAGUAAAAACGCACCGUUUUUUUUUGUGUUAAACUUACAAUACACACAAUUUAUUAAUAAUUUGAGUAUUAAAUUAAAUUAAUGUUAAAUUUGUUUAUUUUCUAUUUUUAAAGCGCAAUUACACCGCUAGUCAACCUUAAAAACUGAUGAUAUAUUUAGAUAUUAAUGUGUUAAGUAGAAAGUGGAGGCCAAAACGGAUUUUAUAAAGAAAAGCUACAAAUUAUUAUAAAUAAAAACAUAAUUAUUGUAAAUGUAAAUUUUAAGUGUUGUAGACACCCCAUAGAUAAUGAUCAAUGUUUGUGUAUAUCCAAAAUUAUGUGGUGAAUGUGUUUACGAAUUUCGUUUCUUCCAUGACCUAGGAUGGUCUUCCUAUUUUUUAUAUACCUAUAUAUAACUUAAGUGGUUAUCGUUGUUUUUUUGUUUGUUAUUUGUUGUCUAAAUCGAAUAAAUUAUGUGCAGGUAAAUUGUAAA